CUUGGGAGCUUUACCAUCGUCUAUGCUUCUGCCUAUCCCAAUCCCACUCCCUGGACCUCUUGCAGGUGGAGAAUCAGAGCAAGGCUGAGGCACGAGCAGGGGCGGAUGCAGCUGGUGACGGGAUGGGGGGUGCAGGAGGUGUGGGGGCGGUGAGAGCAGGGGAUGAGGGCGCGAGUGGGGGCAGAGAGGGGGACGAGGACGGAUGGGAGUGUCCGGGGACGGAUGGGCAGGGCAGUGGGGAUAGGGAUCGGGAAGGGCAUGGGGAGGCUGAUGGCGAGGGGGAUGACGGGGGGGAUGGUGAGGAGGAUAGGGAUGGUGAUGAUUGCAGUGAUGCUGGUGCUGAUACGGAUGCUGGCGGUGCUGAUGCUGAUGCUGAUGCUGAUGCUGGUGCCGGUGCUGGUGCUGGUGCUGGUGGGGCAGGAUUGCCAGGCACAGCCACAGCUAUGGGGAUGGAUGAAGGGGCGGAUGAACUGGAUAGUGACUCCGAUGCUGACGAUGAUGAUGACGCCAUUCACCAUGCCUUCCCAUUGGCCGGUUCCUCUCGCCACACCCAUGCCGUGUCGGCCCAUGCAUGGAAACACCCAUCCCACCCGCACGGCCUUGCACAUGGCAUCGCGCACGGCACCUUGCACACACGUGGCAGCGGGCGACCAACAAGUGUGGCGGUGGGGCAUGGCAGCUCGCAUUCACGCGGGACACCGUCGCACUUACCUCGCACCACAUCACCCCACCGCUCCGCACCGUUAUCUGCUGUUUAUGCUACCAGUGAAGGCGCUGCUGCUGCUGCGGCUGCCAGUGGAGUGGCAGCGCUGGUGGAGGCAGCGAGGGCCAUGGUGAAGCAGGAGGCGCUGGAGGCGGCAGCUCAAGAGACGCACGCCAUGGCGCCUCUUCCUUCCACUUCACAAGCACUACCCGACACUGCUGCUCGCGUGCACAUGGGCCCAGAUGAACCAGAGGGGGUAUUGAGAGGCGACGUCGCAGCAGGUGCAGCAGCAGCUGGUGGUGGCGCUGACAUGGCAGCACGUGCAGCAGCAGUUGACAGAGCUGCCAGGGAGGGUGCCGUUGGUGCCUUGCCCAUGAGCGUGUCGAGAGGCGCAGGUCGAACGGAUGGGGUUCCAGGCAAUGGGCUGUCGAUGGUUGGCGCCUUGUUGCGAGGGAAGCGCGGCGCAGAUGACCAGCUGGUGCAGGAGAAAACGAAACUGCUGAGAAGGUUCUGGAUUGAUCUGGAGGCGGGACGGCAGGGGGGGGAGAAUGGGCAGCUUCAGCCUCCUCCUCAGCACCCCCAGCAGCACGCACAGGAGCAACGCGAAGAGAGUGUGCCGUCCAGAGCGCAUGGAGGGGGCAGUGGCGAGCGAGACGAUGUGGACGUGGGGUGCACGGGCAGUGCUCCUGCUCAUCCUCGCAGGGGCCCUGGUGGGCGAGACGGUGCUGCCGAGGACGCCGUGCACGCCCGCUGCUCAAGUGGUGCCCCCGCGCCUGCUGCUGCCCGCAUGCCGCAUGCCACGCCACCCGACCCUGUGCCUGCUGGAGAGACGGCGGAGAGGAUGGAAGACUGUGGUCCCUGGCAGCUCCAACAGCGGCUGCUCGUGCUCCACCACAUGCAGCAGCAGCUGCAGCACGGGCAGCAACAGAUGCAACAACAGACUCAGCAGCAGCAGCUGCAGCACGGGCAGCAACAGAUGCAACAACAGACUCAGCAGCAGCAGCUGCAUCAGGAGGAAAGGCAGCAGCAGAAUCAGCAGCAGCAAAACAACGUGCUGAAACCCGGGAAGCAGCGGCAUUGGCUUGCACGGUUACAAGAGAAACAACAAGAGGUGGAGUUGCAAGUGGGGGAGGGGAGAGAGCAGCGAGCAUGUGGACGCCCGGCAGCUGAGGAAGGGAAGGCGGGCAGGGGAAGGGCUAGCGACCUGUUUGGUGAGGUCCACGGUCACGUGCAGGCGCAGCAGCCAUUGUGGCAGCAGGAGAAGGACAUGAGGUACGGUGCGGCGCCUGACAGCAGAGUGCGACACGGCGGGGCGAUGCCGCUCGGGAGCUUCUCGCUGCCUCCUGCACCCACCGCCCGUGCACUGGCCGCUGAAAGCCCGGCAGCCAACAACGCGUUUCCUGCAAGUGCAAGUGGCCCACACCAGCACAGGGGGCUGCCCCAAACUGAUCUCAAUAUCGGGUAA